AGUUCGAUUGAUUCUUCACCCAAAUUACUGAAACAAAAAUGGGAAGCAGCGAUGUGGAGGCAGGGUUCGCUAAGCUGCAGGGGGAAGAUUUCGAGUACUAUAUGCAGACUUAUUCAAUAAUUUUAGGGCGCAAUUCCAAGAAAUCUUCAGUGGAUGUUGAUCUGUCCUCCCUCGGAGGUGGCAUGAACAUCAGCCGCCACCACGCGCGCAUCUUUUACGACUUCCAACGCCGGCGCUUUGCUCUUGAGGUGCUUGGAAAGAACGGCUGCUUCGUCGAGGGCGUGCUUCAUCUUCCCGGGAAUCCCCCUGUGAAGCUCGAUUCACAGGACCUACUCCAAAUUGGGGAUAAGGAGUUUUAUUUUUUAUUGCCGGUACGGAGUAUCCUGGGAGGACCUAUUGGGCCGAGGCAUCAUGUCAAUAACUAUCAGAUGGGUUCUGGACUUCAGUAUCAUGGUCAGAAUCAGCAUCAUUCGCGGCCACAGCCCCCAGGGUCGGGAGGGGUGGAAUAUGGUAAGAAGGGGAGAGGGAGGGAGUAUUAUCAGGAGGAGUAUAAUGAGGAGGGCAAUGGUGGUGAGGAGGAUGGUUUCACAGGGGGUAAGCGGAUGAGGAGAGUGGAUGGUGUGGAUGGUUCCACUGUUGGUUAUGGGUAUGGUUUGGGUGGGUCAGGUUCUGGUGGCAAGGCAGGGCUCUCGGGGCAAUUGGAUAAGAAAGUUGAGGGAAGAUCCCGUGUUGACAGGGAGGCUGACAAUCAACAGCUCCUUCAGCUAGAGGAGAAGGAUGUUGUAUCAUCAGUUGCCACUGUGCUCUCUGAUCUCUGUGGUCCUGGAGAAUGGAUGCCAAUGGAGAGACUUCAUUCUGAGGCUAAGCUCCAUCUUCCUCUAGUUACCUUGCAAGCAGAACUUUCUUUCAAAUAUAAAAGAGGAAAGGAACAAAAGAAAAUCACUGGCUGGAUUGAUGAAUGUAUAUCAACUUAAACUAUUUGCUUAGACAGCUGCUUCCUCAAGUACUGAGAUCUUCAUCCUUCGACCCCUCUUUCCAUUUAUCCCUUCUUCCAUUGGCAGUUGAAGAAAUUGCUAUUUUUUAAUUUGCAUUAUGUGCUAAAACAUUAAAUAUAUUGCACCAUAAAGCAUGCAACUGAAAGGAAAGAAAGAGGAUCAGAGGGAAGUUCACAUAUAUCACAAAUCAUGUAUUAUAUGAUGGUCAUGCAUCAUUUAGAAUGAGCUGCAUGUAUUUUCUAAAAGAAGUUUUCCGAAUUCUUCAAGUUGAGUUCCCUUGGGAAAUUACAUGGGAAGUAGUUUAGAUGCAUGUACACGUUCUUGUCUGCAGCUACAAUCGUGGAACAAAUAUUUAUUAGACAGACCUGGCCGCUCAAUUGAGAAUUUCAUAGUGCUAAGUAAGUUAAUGAAAAUGAAACCGUGAAACUGCAUAAACACUUUCCACUUGUCAGCACAUAUUUGGCUAACACUAUGAAAGUAAGAACUGUGGCAUAAAUGAAAGACUUCAACUCUCAUACCAGCCAGAGAUAUUUGAGCGCAACUGAGUCAGCCAUGCUGAUUAACACGUGAAGGUAUCUUGGAGGGGACAAGAUGUAACUUUUGAUAGACGAGGAGCCAGUUUCUUACUUUUCUUAUUUGAGGGUGAAUUUGAUAGAAAGUAGUUGCUUUUUCCUGUUUGGUUGUGGAGCUUGGAAGAAUUGGGUGGAAAAGAUGCUGUAAAUUAAGAAUGGACUGCAAUAUGCACAAAUCUGCUUGCGGAAGAAUAAUGAUCUGUAUCAUUUGAUGAUUUGAAUGUUUAAUUGCUAAAGGGUUUCUUGUUUGUUAACAUGUUUAUCAUUUAUAAUGACGUAGAUAAGCAAUUAAACAUUAUGGAAACUGUUGUUCUCAUGAUAUAUAGUUCUGAAAUAUAGUGAGUUUCUUAAAUGUGAAAGUUAUGAAUGGUGGCUGUAAGUUAGUAGUGAGGUUCUUAAAUAUGAUAUUUAUGAGUGAGUGGUUUUGGGGCUGAUUACAAGGAGAAAGAGGGGGAGGUACUGAUGGAGAAGUGAUGCUGGAUAAAGAGGGAUUCCAGCAGAGAAUAAAAAUAGCAGGAAAGAAGAAGAAUUGCAGAAUCUCAGCAAGAAGGAGAAGAGAAGAGGAAGACGGCAGCAGGGGGGAGAAACCCGGAGAAGGAGAAGUUAGGGAGGAAGGGGAAGGAAAACGUUAAAACCAAGCAUAUUCAUUUCAUUAAUUCAUCAACUCCCUCAAAUAUGCGACAAAACAGAAGUAAAUAGCAAAACAAAAACUCUAAAGAGAAGGGUUUGGGCCAAACCCACUUUACAAGCCCAAUAAUAGAAACAUAAAUAAUAAUGCAAAUAGAAUAUAACUAAUAGUCCAAAUAGAAAAUAAAUAGUAAAUGGAUGUCUGCAUUAACUCUCUCGGGGUGGGAGAAAAACUCGACCUCGUCGAGUGGAUAAAUCAAAAUGUUGCAGUGAAUCCGAUGCUAAAGGCUCCAAAUCAUGCCAUGGGGAACGAUCUUUCUUGAUGACCAAAUAUCGAAACUCCACAAAUUCGACCCUGUCGAGUGAACAAAACACAGAAGGCUGCAAUUGAUUUGAUACCCAAAAUACUCCAACUCAAGCCAUGGGGGACGAUCUUUCUGACGAACCAAAUAUCGAAAUUCCACAAAUGAUGACAACGCCAAUUGCAAAUUACCCUCAAAAAUAUGAGCUGACCAAGAUAACCUAGGCGAAUGAGGAUUUUGCUGACUCUUAUAAAGCUCCAAUGAAUUUGACUCACGCCGCUGAAGUCUCUCUUUGGGAAUCCAUGUAUCGUCAGAAUCAAAUCGAUCCAUCCAACG